AUGGAGAAAAUCUCUCUCGAUUACCAUUCGGUUUAUGUAAGAAAUUGGAGGGUCUCUGGUGCGAUUUGGGUACUUUUCGCUCUUUGCUCAGCUGUACUUCAAUUACUCGUUCUUGUCCAUCCGACAUGGAUCGAAUCAGAAGAAGGCGGAUACUUUGGUCUUUAUGAUUAUUGCCUUUCGGAUAAUUGUCCUUGGAAAAUCUUUCAGGUUCAAUCACUUACAUGGUCUUUUCAAUUAUCAGCGGCUCUUGUUAUGGUGGCCACAAUUUGCUCACUCCUUAUCGUCACAGCUAUUUUGUUGCUAGUUCUUUUGCGUGAUCGAUUCGUUUUCUUGUUGUGUGCCUGGAUGCACAUGUUUUCGUUUUGUGCCAUGUUAUCUGCUUGUAUUCUCUAUCCAAAUGGAUGGGAUCAUCCAAAAGUUAGAGAAACGUGUGAUUCGAGAAAGUAUGAUCUCGGUAUUUGUCGAAUGAGAUGGCCUUAUUUUGUCGCAUUGGAGCUGGUUGGAGUGCAAUUAACAAUGUCAAUUUUUGGUUUCGUUCUCGCUUGUAAGCAACCUUCAGUCUUCCCGGGAAUUUCGUCUGUCUACGGUAUCCUAAAUCGAGAGGACAGUGAUGGCGGUCGUUCGAAUCCCCUUGCCUUAUGGAUUAUGGAUCCAUCAUCUUCUGAUCAAAAACAUCAAUCGAAAUCGAGCCGAAUCGACAAUUUUGUUAACAAAUUAGCAGCUCGGCACACAACAGAUUGGCCACUCCAGGCAAUGUCAUCAAGCGGAGAAAUGGGAUUUUGUAUUGAGUGUGGAGACGAGGGAUUUUGUACAGAUGGAUUGUGCUAUAAUUGCAAGGGAAGUACAUCUGGAUCCACUCAACUUCUUUUCUCAAAUACCCCAUUGACUGGAGCCAAAUGCUCAAUUUGCAAGCGUCUCAUUCCAAAUCCAAAAACGGCUCGAUCUUGCGUUUUGUGCAAAAAAUUUGCUCAUUUGGAAUGUUGUCCAAGAUCUUUGUCAAUUCUUGAAGAAUAUAAAUGCAAUUCUUGUCUGCAAUUACCAGUGGUCUUUGAUACAAUGUUGUCCACACAAGAACCAGCGAGCCCUUUGGUCAACGUACCAACGGUAGAGCAACCACUUGAGGUUUUUGGUGCAACACCUGCACGAAAUGAUCUUCAACAAAUUCCUGAAGAUCUCUACCAUUUGCCGGCUCCAGUUACACACCAAAGUGGAGAAGACACUCAAAGUUGUGACGAAGCCACGGGAGCCUCACCCGCUACUGAGAGUGACAGUGCACGAAAUUCUCCCUUUUAUCAACCACCUAGUGAUGAUGAAGAAGAAUUUAAGCCACCUGGCUUCAGACAAUAUGUUCCAAGAGGAAGAGGUCGGGGAAGGGGAUCGAGAGGGAAAAAACCAGGUGGAAGGGGAGGAACAUCGACAAUGAUUGGACCCGGGGGAAUUGAUCUCAUGAAGACUAGAUCGGGAGGAAUGCCCCCAACCGGACACUAUAUGGACAAAUUGACACAGGGAACUCGUGGAAAACGAGGGAAAGGAAGUCGAGGCGCUUAUGGGAGUCGUGGAAAAGGGACAAGAGGGCGAAGAGCAAGAGGCCAACUUGCUUGUGUGGCAACAAGCGCAAAUGUCCUCCAACAUCUUCACUCUGCUCAAUACUCAACAACAAGAGAGAUUGAUGAGCAACUCAUUGAAGAUCUCGAAGAUAAAACCCCGAUUGAUAUGGAAUAUGUCAGAACGGCAGUUGUUUACGCAGCUGAUGAUGAAUUUAUGGAAAAGGCACCUCUUUGCUUGAUUUGUGGGAGUAUUGGAAAAGGAGAAGAAAGAUCAUUUGUUUGUUGUGCAAAUUGUGCUCAAGCUUAUCACACCUUUUGUGUCGGAUUGCAUGAAAAAAUCCGAGACACAAUUGUGAAUCGUGGAUGGAGAUGUUUGGAUUGCACGAUUUGUGAGGGAUGUGGAGAUGGAAAAGAUGAUAGCAAGUUGCUUCUUUGUGAUGAAUGUGAUACAGCUUAUCACAUUUAUUGUCUCGAUCCACCGCUUCAGAGCAUCCCCACUGGCGCCUGGAGAUGUAAAUAUUGUCUACGUUGUCGUCGAUGUGAUCUUCGAGUGAAUGAUUGUUCUGAAUUGACUCGAGAAGGGCUUUGUCGUGGUUGUUACUCUCUUCGCAAAUGCCCAAAAUGUACAAAACUCUACCAAAUCGGUGAUCAGAUUAUUCGAUGUGCUUCUUGUACAAGAUGGUUUCACGGCACUUGUGAGGGUCUUUUCUCAGCCGAGGACAUGGAAAACGCGGCGGCAAAUAAAAUGCGUUGCUCGAGUUGUCGACCAACAUCUAGAGGUCUUUUCACACAAACUUUUGGUUCUCAUGGGCAAAUGAUCGUUGUGGAUAAUGUAAUCUUACAUAAAGAAGCUGAUGAAAUACUCAAAUCUCCAUAUAUGCCACCACAAUAUAGACCGGAUCAUGGGAAUGCUUUUGCGUCAAAUCGAUCGUCAUCAUUUGAUUUUUGGAGCAAUAUUGAGGAGGAAUAUCAAGAAGAAGUCGUCGAAGUUCCAACAAGUGGAAGAGGUCGAGGAAGAGGUGGAAGUAGAGGAAGGGUGUUACGAAUUGGUGUUGGAGGGUUUGUCGUGAGAAAUCCAAAGAUCAAAACCACCAUAGAAGAGGAGGAAUCCGAGGAAAAGAGAAUGAAAAAACCAAGAAAACCACGACGAACUUUCCUCGAAGAUGCCUAUCCACCAAAUAUACAGGAAGGAUUCUUUGGAGUGCCCGGUCUUGAAGGAAAACAACUUAUUGAUGUUCAAGUCGAGGAGCCGAUCCUUCGCGAAUGUACAACAAGUGGACAACCACUGAAAACAGAGGGUGGAAUGUUGAGUGCAGAACAGACAUUACAAUUACAAAACAACAUUGAAGAGGAAGGCGUUUUGGAGAAUAUCGAUUUUCAUGAAAUGGAUUUGGAUGGAAUUGAUUUCGCUGCCUUUUUGGAUGACGAUGAUGAUAUGGAAGUUGAAGAUGGACAACCAAUGAGUGAAGAUUUGAGAGAUGCAUUCGAUCUUGUUCGAACGGAUGGAUUUGAUCCAAUCACUUCUCAGGGAACCGAUAGCAAUAACUCAAUGGAUGUGCAAUCGGGAGCCAAUACGAAUAAUGGAUCAACUCAAUCUACAUCAACCGGUUUUGCGGCGAGACCACCGGGUGAGUUGACGAGAUCUUCUUCACAAAUGGACAUGAUCACUGCUGAGAGAAAUAAUGCUGCCACAGAAAGAUGGGAAGAAGAUGAACCAUUGGGCGAAAGAGCGACAAAAGCUGCAGUUCUCUAUGUGAAUAUCAAUUUCCCACAUUUAAAAGAGAAAGUGCCUGAAUGGACUGAACGCGUGAAACAUAUUCAAAAACUUUGGCGUACUUUAAGCAGUGAGAGUCGAAAGCAAUAUGUCGAGAAAGCGAGGGAAAAUCGACAAUUACGGGGAAAGAUCCCAAGACAGCGAAAAGUGCAUGCAACACAAAUGGCAUCAAUUGAUAGUGUCACUUCAAAUACUGGGCAAUCAUUGGAUGGAUCGAGUGGAAGUGGAAGUGGAACAACAGUUGAACCUUUACAACAAAUCCCACAAACCCCUCAACUUCAUCAGCCUGUUAUUCCAUCCCAACAAGGAAUGCAAUCUCUUCCACAAUAUCAUCAACAAAUGACAAUGAGUCAAGGAAAUUUUCCUGGAAUGCAAAAAAUACCCGAAAUACAACCGAGUGAAAACGUGGGAAGAGUGGUUCGCCCAGAAAUCAUGCAUCAUUAUUUGAUGAUGAGAGAUCGGAUUGUUGCCAUUGAAAAUCAACAAAAUUAUCUCGAAGAUGAAUUGGGCAAAAUGAAAAAGCAAAAACGUCUCUUGGCGAUGAAAAGUAAAAAGCUCAACCGAGACUCGGAAUCGAGCUCGGCUCAAACACCCGGAAUUCCACCACAUGAUUCUACACAGUUUCCAGAUUUGAAUCCAGGAAUGGGAAGUCCAGAAAGAGAGAUCGAAAUGAAUGCAACAAUUGAUUUGAAUCAAGAAGAAAAACUCCAAUUGGAUCAAUUAACUAACGCGAUUCCAAUGAAACAAAAGGAUAUCGAAAAGACGAAACAAGAGAUGAAAAUACAAAUGCAAGCCAUUAAUGAGUACCUCUCGAGACAGGGAUUAUCGAGAGAAAUUAUCGAAUCAAAUCUCCAAAUGCAACAGAAUACGGGAAUCCAAAGAGGAUAUCCAUCACGACCACAACAGCAUUUCCGUUCUCCAUAUCUGGCUGGCGGAAAAUGGGUCUACUCCCAAACCUAUUCACAAGAAGAGCGAUCAAUCUAUGAAUGUGUCGAUGAUUUACUUUUCAAGGUCACUGACAUGUGCGAGGCUCCUCCACAGAAUAUGCUCAAAAGAUUGCUCGAACAUAAACCUUUGGGCCAAAUUGGUGUUUCGAUGAUGGGACAAUCUGGGGGAGUUCCUUCGGCAAGUGGUAUGGUGCCUGGAAUCGGUUGUGGUCCUUCAUCUUUGGCUCAUUUCACAAAUGAAUCACUCCUCGAGCCACCCAAACCAAAGAAAAAGAGAACCCAAGUGAAGAAAACUGGUGUUUCAAGUGGAAACAACGAGAUCGACACGAUGAUUGAACGGAUAAAUUGUCAAUUGAGGAUGAGUGAAAAGUUCUCUCGACGUGCCCUUGAAAGUGUUCAAUCGAAGGGAAGCGGUCAUGUACUUGAGCCGGGAUUGACUGAAUUACCUGAUCGACUGAAAGAUCAAACGACUUCGGCACUGAUCACACAGGGAAAUAGAACAAAUCCGAGCCCCAUUGAAGGAGAACAUUUUGGACAAACAAAUUUCACUUUUAUGGAUGAUAUCCUACAAGUGGAUGACUCAAUCCGAAAAUUGAUCAAAGCUGGGCCAAGCAUGGCAGCGUUUGCACCAGCCGCAAAUCUACAAGCACUUGCCAAUGCCAUUCCCACACCGUGUGAGUUAGAGUUCGACGAGUUGGAUUUGUUGGAAGGAGCGUCAAGAUGGGAUUUGAUGAAAACUCUUGUACGAGCAAUACCUCGACGACCAAUCGAUGCCUUCUUGAGAACGUCAAUUCGUCAAUUUGACGGUGCUCUACCACCACUUGAACAAGUUCGGAACGCAUUUUUUAAACCUGAAAACGAAGACGAAGAAGUUGAGAUUUGCAUUGAUGUGAAUGAAGCUGAACUGUUGAAAUGGGCUGAAAAGUACAAACACACGGGAGUAGACCAAGCAGGCCAAGAAUUAUUCGAUCAUCUCGCGAAAAUUCUCAACAAUGGACAGAAACUCGAGUAUGCCAUCGAUACCCCACCAUUAUCGCCUGUCUAUUCAAAUGAUGGAAACUUACAACCAUCCGUCGAGAAACAAGAGCCGUUUGCUGGGAAUUUUGCAGGAGCCGAAAAAUGCCGCGCUUGUUCCACUUACAUGCAAGUUCCAGUUUGCACGCAAAAUUUCUCUCGACUUGGACUCUCGCCUGCUAGUGACGACGGGGUUGAUGAAUCGGCAUCAUUCUGUUCAAUGCGAUGUUACUACUCUUUUGUGGCUACAAAGAAGCUUCCCCUUUCACCCGAUCAACUUUCCGAAGCAGAAAGGCAUGUCGAUGAAGAGACGAUCAGUCGAUUGAAACAAAUCUCAGCUGAUAGCUUUGCAAAGAUCGUUCAAGGAAAGGUAAAGAUGGAACAAACUGCCGCAGCUCCAAUUCUUUCCGAUUCUCUUCGCCUUUCAUCGAGGGAAAGUCGAUGCUCGAUUGAUGAAGGAAAGAAAGAAUACUCUCAGAUCCUUAAAGCGUCCGAUCUUCCAAAUAUUAAUGACCCCGAUGGAACUAAUCGAAGUAUUGUGAAAAGGGAAGCCGAGGAUAAAGGAUGGGCGAUAUUCUCGGCUCAAGUACACGAUACAUUUGUUCGAGUACAACAAUUCAAAAAGCUAUUGGCAACUCAUUCGAAUAAAAUGGGUGUAAUGAAUAUGGUGUUCCCGACAGAUGAUAACCGAAAAUGCAAACUCUGUGAUGUGGUCGGUGAUGCCGAGACUGCUACACAGGGCCGUUUGUUGAAUUUCGAUGUCGAUCAAUGGGUUCAUGUGAAUUGUGCACUUUGGAGUGCCGAAGUUUUCGAGAGUCCAUCAACUGGAGCUCUGUCACAUGUACAAAAAGCUGUGGAGAGAGCUCAACAAAUAAUGUGCCACAAAUGUGGUCGUUUGGGUGCUUCAAUGCAAUGUCACAAGGCCGAUUGCCAAUCGAGUUUCCAUCUUCCUUGUGCAAAGGAGAUUGCUGGAAGCAAAUUCUUGAAGGACAGGACCUUUAUCUGUUCUCGACACCAUGAAGUGACAAAUGAAGUGGUGUUGACUGGAUUGGAUGCUGUUCGACGACUUUACAUUGAUCGAGAUGAGAAUGCUUUACUGGGAAAACUUUUUGAAGUGGAGACAAAGAGAAUGGUGUUGAAAUUGGGAUCACUCACAUUGCAUUCGAUUGGACAACUUCUGCCUGAACAUCUUAAAGCUUUUCACAACAAUGACUACAUUUAUCCGGUCGGUUUCCGAGCCUCCCGCUUUUUCUACUUCCCCCCAACGCCACCAGCUGAUUUCAGCCCUGUCCUAUAUAGAAUGGAGUACAUCUGUCAGAUCUUGGAAAAGGAUAAAAAACCCUGGUUUGAUGUGCAGCUGCGAUAUGUGGCUAAUGAUAAUCAAUUGGUUGAAAAAUCUAUUGGAUCGGGACCCACUGCAACAAUGGCCUGGCAGCUAGCACUUAAUUUGAUCAAAAAUGCGAGAGAUAGCCUCUCUCAACUUCCACAACAAUCAAAGCCGAGCAUUCAAUAUCUUCGCUUCUUCCCGAAUGCUCUCAGUGGGGAAGGAUUGUUUGGAUUGAAAGAGAAUGCAAUCACAAAAAUAACGGAAAGUCUACCAGGAGUGGAUACACUGUACACAUAUUCUUUUCGUCAUGGAGGAGCACCCAUUCUCGAAUUGCCUCUUGCCGAAAACCCGUCUGGAUGCGCAAGAACAGAACCACGUUGCAGAACGCUAAUCAAGAAGCAUCGAUCUCGCCCGUCGGUGAGCGCUCAAACGACCGAAUCGACCUCAAGUAGCUCAUCAACAUCAAUGUCAAUCUCGGGUCGAAGAAGGACAUCGGCUCGAUAUGGAAGCACUUAUGAUCAAGAAUUAGCAGCUGCGGAGUUCCAAAAGAUGCUCACUGCGUCGGGCGUCGGUGCCGAAUGGGUGGCAGCGAUGAAAUUCCAAGCCAGCGAACCACAAACCAAUGCAUCGAUCUAUACGGCCUAUCAGAAGAUGAAGAAAGAAUGGCAAAACACAGUCUAUCUUGCAAGAUCAAAGAUUCAAGGGCUCGGAUUGUACGCUAAAGCCGAUAUCGAUAUGCACGCAAUGAUCAUUGAAUACAAAGGAGAAUUGAUACGAAGCGAGAUAUGUGAAGUGAGAGAGAAGAGAUACACAGCUCAGAACCGAGGUGUCUAUAUGUUCCGAAUCGACGAUGAAAUCGUGAUUGAUGCAACGAUGGCCGGCGGAUGUGCUAGAUACAUCAAUCAUUCGUGUGAUCCAAAUUGUUCUACGCGGAUAAUUCAAGCCGGAUCAUCGGCCGAAGACAAAAAGAUUAUUAUCACCGCCAAUCGACCGAUAAAAGCCCAUGAAGAGUUGACUUAUGACUAUCAAUUUGAAUUGGAAGAAGAAACAAAAAUCUCUUGUUUAUGUGGAGCUCCGAAUUGUCAAAAAUGGAUGAAC